CUGGUGUGACAGUCUCCCUCCUCAGUUUCUCCUGGUAACAGCCAAUGACACGCAAGUGCUCUCACUGUCUACAUGUUUAAGCUAAACCUGCACACUGCGCUCGACGGUUUUGCACCAGCUCUGGAUUUUGAAUACUUUAGUCGUCUUUUAAAAAGCUGUGCAGUGUGAAUUAAAAUGCUAGAAAUAGAAACCGAAAGAAAGCGAACCAAGAUUCGAAAACAAACUUUUGUCAUCGCCGCUCGCGCUUCAUAUCACGCAGAAAUGCUCUUCUUUGUAACCAUCGCUUUUCUUGUAGAUAUAUGCUGGGCUCUUCCAACGGACAUAAUUAUUCAAUUCGAGCGCAGUGUUUUGCUAAACGGGACAGUCGUGGAGAGGAUCCUUGUCAGUGAAGCACAUUUAAAGGGACAGUUCGACAAGCAACCUGUUGUCAGACCCAUUCGAGAUGAAAUCCUGGAGAUGAUGGUGGAGAAUGACCGUCAAACAGCAAGUUAUAGUACAUAUAAACGUUUGAGGGAAUGUAAGCUGCGAGGAUAUCGAGUCCUGCAGCUGUCUGACCGGUUUCAGCUCAAUGGCAAAGACUUCCUGUCUUUAGAUUCAGACAGUGAUUCAUGGACAGUGUUGAAGCAAGAGGCACAGGAUCUAAAGCAGCCAUGGACACUUAAGGCCGAGCAUGCGAGUCUAGAGAAAAUUCACCUGAAGGAAGAAUGUGAGGAAUUCAUUAAACAGAUGAAUGACAUCCAGAAUCAAGAAGGGCCCGGUGUGUUAAGAGUUAUGGCUCCAGUUCUCGCCACUAUUCUUUUCAUUGGAUUUGUCUUUAUGAGCCUCCUUAUCUUCAAGCGACACGGUCAUCAGCCAGGAGGUGUUUUAGGCUCAAUUAUCCACUAUCCAGCCCAUCAUCUUGAAGUACCAUUGGACGAACAGAGUCAAAAGGACAUCUCUCAAGUUCCAGUGCUGAAGGGUCCCUAUAGCAAUCACCUAACCUGCCCGACCACAUUAUUGUGAAGAGUCAACUCUUUGUCAUGAUUUCAGAAGUCUUAGACUGAUUUGUAAGUUCAAUAAUAAAAUUGUUCCACUGUAUGUAUCAGUAUAUAUAAAAAUGUUUUUGCUUGAAAUGAUCUUGAAAGCUUAAUUUGUAAUUGUGUUAGUAGUAUUGUAUGCAUAACAUACUGUUGCAGAAUGUUCUUGCACAGAGUUUAACAACAAUCUCUGUGCCUCCAAAAAGCAGUUUAGCUUUUAUAUGGUUAUUUUUAUUUUUAUUUUUUUUACUGUAGUUGUGGUCUUUUUAUGUUACCAACUGAUAUUCUGCAAUAUUUACAGCACAAUCUUAUUCAUUUUCUUGUGUGUAAUGUCAUCUAGACAUACUAGUUUUUGAUGAGUAAUAUGUUACAUUUUCCUUCACUAAAACAGCUGAUAACGUUUUGAAAGCAUCUGUAUAGCCUACCAAAAGAUUUUCUUGUAUCCGAUACUAGCAUUUUUUUUUUUGUGAAUUCAUGCAAAAAUACCAAAACCAGCAAAUAACCAAAUAAAUGUUUUUCUUACCUCAUAA